AUGUCGAGUGAUUGGGAACUGACGCCUCAGGCGUUUGGUAAUCAUCUGGCCAAACAUUUAGAGGAAUUAUCCUUACUCGUGCUGCUACCCACAACUGCCAAUGAAAGAAAAGGCAAGGCCACUACCGGGCUCGCUGACUUCAACCCGUCUGGGACGGACAUGAACUUGGUUGUUACGGAAGUGGAGGACAAAUCUGAGCUCACGAGGCCCCAAUGCCCUCAGUGUGACCGCCGACCGGAUGGGUUCAACUCCGUAAAGGACCUGGGCAGUCAUAUGGUAGCGAUACACCGUCGCAAGAUUAAAUGGGUUUGCAGUGAACCAGAUCUGGACAGCAUUCCGGACUCCGUACGGCCAACAAAAUUGCUCGCAGAUUGCAGGCAAUGUUCAAACAAAAAGCAAUACGGGGCAUACUAUAACGCCGCUGCACAUCUACGAAGAGUGCAUUUUAGUAAACUGAAACGAUACAACGAAGUCAGCAACUCGGUGGAACAUACGAUUGCACAGUUCAUUGCUUUUGAGUAUGUAGACGACGCUGAUGACAGUGCCAUGGCUGGAACGGGGGCUCUAUCUAUUCUUGCCGAAGAUGACCUAGCCGGCAUUGGCCACUAUAACGACGGCUUCGAAUACCCACAGUAUGUUGAGCAGCCUACCACCAGUCCCUCCUUCUGGUACGCGGACACCCUGUCCCCCAGCGCAAUUUCUUCCGCCUUCUCUCUCCCAGACUCCUCAGACCCUCAAGUAUCCUAUGACCCGUACUUGUGGAUGCAGGAUCCCGUCCUCACAUCAUUCGGCAAUCCCGAAAUUGAUGCUCCCGCGUCAAUACUAUUCAACAACACUCCACCCCGAAGACGCCAGGCCGCUUCGGUCACCACCUAUGGCUCGGCCACGGUCUCAUCUACUUCAGGCAUUGCACUCAGCACAUCCUCAUAUUCCUAUGAAACAGCUCCCUCAGAGGUUUCUAUGGAUCACGUUAUGACGGGAGUAGAACUAAAUCCCACGAAAGAGAACACGGACGCCGAGUUAGCUCAAAAUCCCGAGUUAACCUGGGCGCAGCGACCACCGCACAGCUAG